AUGAGCUACUUGAAAUGUGUGGUGAAGGAAUCUAUGAGACUUCAUCCACCUGGUCCUCUUCUUUUCCCAAGGCAAACUAGCAGCACUGUGAAACUAGUAGGCUACGAUAUUCCCCCAAAAACAAGUGUAAUUAUCAACGCAUGGGCAAUUCAGAGAGAUCCUAGUCAGUGGGAAAAGCCAGAAGAAUUCAUACCAGAAAGAUUUGAGAAUAAUGAGGUUGAUUUCAAGGGCCAAGACUUUGGGUUAAUACCAUUUGGUUUUGGAAGAAGAAUUUGUCCUGGGAUCUUAUUUUCAGUUGCAGCGAUUGAGUAUACACUUGUUAAUCUCUUAUAUUGGUUUGAUUGGAAGCUGCCUGCUCAUAAUAAUAAUGAUGAUGGAAAGGACGACAUAGAUAUCAGUGAGGCAGACGGCCUACUUUCCCCCAUGAAGCUUUCUCUUCAUCUUCAGCCAAUUCCAUAUGUACCCCUUUUGCCCUAA